AUGCUGCCUUAUUUCCAUGCAUCUGGACAUUUACCUUAUGCUAAGUCUGCGCACUUGUACCUACAAGACAUGCUUCAAUUGAACGAGGUAAUGGAUCCUAGUAUUUAUCAAAGGUUUAGAGAAGGAUUUUUUAUUGUUCGACGUUCUGAUAAACUUUGUUGUGGAACUUCAACAGAUAUGAUUAUUGAACAAUCGAUGAUGAAAUCUAUGAAAACACAUGGGGGCAUUUCUCGAGGAAGAAGUACGAAAGAAAGUGUGAUAAGUAAAUGGGUUUACGGAAUGCAUGCAAUGAAUACUGUGUGUGAGGGGUUGCAAGUUCUUGCUAAUGUUCGAAUGGACACAACAGAUCAGCAUGUAGAUGCAAGUGACUCGCGGCUGAUAAAAGACGCUAAAGAUAUUAAAAAACUUCUAGACUGGUUUUCAUCACAUGAUCCUUUUCCUAAAAUUAAUAAAAUCAUAUCUAUUGCUUCUGGAGUUGUUAUUGAUGAUAAGAUUAAUUGCCAUAAAGCUCGUGAAGUUGGGAUUGCUUCAAUGGCUAAAAUGACAGGUGAAACAUUUAAUAAUAUAAAAUUAAAACGCUCUGAAAAAGUACUCCCUCUUUUAGCUGCGAGUAGCACCUUGAAAGUUCACGAAGAAGAAGUAGCUAUAGAUCCUGUAUUAUUAUUUCAACGCAUGAGUAUCACUGAAGCUUUUGAGGAUGAGAUUGAAAAAAUUUUUGAGUAUGAAUUAGCUCCUUACCCCUUAUCACUUUUCGAUGCAGCUGGAAUGCGUAAAACAACAGUCAGGAAUUUAUGA